AGUUAACGGCUGGUUUGCUGGAGGGAGGAGUGUGCAGGCUGCCCAGCUUUCUCCCUGUGGCCCCUGUGUGGGCAGGGUGGGCACAGGCCUGCAAGCUGAAGGUGGGACAGCACCAGGCUUCUCCUUUCAUCAUAUCCUAGUCCUGCCUUGGGCUCCCUGGCCUUGCAGACUCUCUGGACAACUUGCUCCUUUGUUUUUUCUUGGUUCCAUCUUAGAAGAGGCUGCGGUUGGCUAAGAAAGAAUAGUUUGAAGGAGGUACAAUGCUGGGGAUGCGCCUGCUGUGCUGGGCAGUUCUUCUGGGUCUGACACAAGCCUGUCCCGAGCCCUGUGACUGUGGGCAGAAAUACGGCUUCCAGAUCGCCGACUGCGCCUACCGUGACCUGGAGGCUGUGCCACCUGGCUUCCCGGCCAAUGUGACCACACUGAGCCUCUCGGCCAACCGGCUGCCAGCUUUGCCAGAGGGCGCCUUCAGGGAGGUGCCCCUGUUGCAGUCACUGUGGCUAGCCCACAAUGAGAUCCGUACGGUGGCCGCCGGUGCCCUGGCCCCUCUGGGUCAUCUCAAGAGUUUGGACCUCAGCCACAACCUCAUCUCUGACUUUGCCUGGAGUGACCUGCACAACCUCAGUGCCCUCCAGUUGCUCAAGAUGGACAGCAACGAGCUGGCCUUCAUACCCCAGGAUGCCUUCCGUAGCCUCCGUGCCCUGCGCUCACUGCAGCUCAACCACAACCGCCUCCACGCGCUGGCUGAAGGCACCUUCAAGCCGCUUACCGCACUGUCCCAUCUGCAAAUCAAUGACAAUCCCUUUGACUGCACCUGUGGCAUCCUGUGGUUCAAGACAUGGGCCCUGGCCACAGCCGUGUCCAUCCCGGAGCAGGACAACAUCGCAUGUACUUCACCCCACGUGCUCAAGGGUACCCCACUGGGCCGCCUGCCACCCUUGCCUUGCUCAGCACCUUCAGUGCAGCUCAGCUACCAGCCAAGCCAGGAUGGGGCAGAGCUGCGACCUGGCUUUGUGCUGGCACUCCACUGCGACGUGGAUGGGCAGCCAGCGCCCCAGCUUCACUGGCACAUUCAAACCCCCAGUGGCACUGUCGAGAUCGCCAGUCCCAAUGUGGGUGCGGAUGGGCGUGCCCUGCCUGAUGCCCUACUGACCAGCGGCCCUCCACGCUUUCAGGCCUUUGCCAAUGGCAGCCUACUCAUCCCUGGCUUUGGCAAGCUGGAGGAGGGCACCUACAGCUGCCUGGCCACCAAUGAGCUGGGCAGUGCCGAGAGCUCUGUGAAUGUAGCCCUGGCCACACCAGGUGAGGGGGGUGAGGACGCGCUGGGGCACAGGUUCCACGGCAAAGCGGUUGAGGGCAAGGGCUGUUACACAGUUGACAAUGAGGUACAGCCAUCUGGGCCAGAGGACAACCUAGUGAUCAUCUAUCUCAGCCGCGCUGGGAGCCCAGAGGCUGCAGUAGUAGGAGCAGGAGGCCCUGGGCAGUGGCUCCCAGACUUUCUCCUACUGGGCCUGAGUCUCCUCCUUGUCCUCUUCCUGGCCUGCUUCUAGCCACACCCUGCCCAGGCUGGCUGGGGCAGCCCCAGGGCCUCCUUAACUCCUCCCCUGGCCUGGUCAAUGCCAUGGGGUCUGGAGUGGGCAGAGCCUGAGCUGGCACUGGAGGACCUCACAUUUUCCUACCUCCUCUUCUAAGCUCUUUUGGAACACUCACCACCCCAACUGCUAGGCAUGCUCAGAGCUAGUGACUAGGAUAGAACUCCAUCCCAGAACUCAGUCUCUGGGGCUAAUUGCUGCUAACAGUAUUGCCCAUGUCCCAUUGGGGGUGCAUGCUAACAGGGCAAUGCCCUAAACCCACUGGGAGUUCUAGGCACUGGGACUGACAGCUGGCGAGGGCUGUGCAGGUGGGUUGCUGGGGCAUGGCUGGGAAGGAGCUGAGAGGAUGCACAGGAGAGGGAAGAGGGUGGGACCAGUGGCUAGGGAGGCUGGAGACUCUGAAUGUCCUGCUCAGCUCUCCUGACCCCUUGAUGUUUCCUGAUGAAGGCAUGGGACUCCUGGAAGGCUGAGCCUCUCUCUGCUCUCACCCUUCCUCACUCAGCCUGUGCCCUGGACUCCUGACCUUCCUUUCUCUCCAAGUAUGCACCUGUAACCUGCCUCUCUGAAGAGGCCAGCCACCUGGGGGUGGCAGAGAAAUAAACAGCAUUUUU